CCCGGGAUCGGUCUCUCACUAACACCGCUAUCUCCACCAUCAGCUCCAGCGCCGCUGAUAGAUGGCUGAACGCUCCGGCACUCCCGCAUCUCGGCUUCAGACGCACCGGUGAUCACCAUGUCCCAGAAAUCCUGGAUAGAGAACACCUUCACCAAGAGAGAAUGUGUCUACAUACUUCCAGUUUCAAAGGAUCCUCACAGGUGCCUUCCAGGAUGUCAGAUCUGCCAGCAGCUUGUCAGGUGCUGCUGCGGCCGGCUGGUCCGGCAGCACGCCGGAUUCACCGCAAGUUUGGCGAUGAAGUACUCGGACGUGAAGCUGGGUGAGGGGGCGGGGUCAGGGGCGGGGCCGGGGGCGGAGCAGGAGGAAUGGAGCGUGGAGAAGCACACGGAGCAGAGUCCCACCGACGCCUACGGCAUCAUCAACUUCCAGGGGGGGUCGCACUCCUACAGGGCCAAGUACGUGCGCCUCUCGUACGACUCGCGCCCCGAGGCGAUCCUCAGGCUGAUGUUGAAGGAGUGGCAGAUGGAACUUCCUAAAAUCGUCAUCUCGGUACACGGGGGCAUCCAGAACUUCGACCUGCACCCCCGAAUCAAGCAAGUGGUGGGGAAGGGUCUGAUCAAAGCGGCCGUCACCACCGGGGCCUGGAUCCUCACCGGGGGGGUCAACACAGGUGUGGCCAAGCAUGUUGGUGAUGCACUGAAGGAACACUCGUCCCGCUCGGCACGGAAAAUCUGCACUAUCGGUGUCGCCCCGUGGGGGGUCAUCGAGAACCGGAAUGACCUUAUCGGGAGAGAUGUCGUAGCCCCGUACCAGACCCUGCUGAACCCCCUCAGUAAGCUGAACGUGCUGAAUAAUUUACACUCUCACUUUAUCCUGGUGGACGAUGGAACUGUGGGUAAAUACGGGGCCGAGGUCAACCUGAGGAGAGAGCUGGAGAAACACAUCAACCUACAGAGGAUACACGCCCGGAUCGGACAGGGUGUACCCGUGGUAGCGCUAAUAUUUGAGGGAGGGCCCAACGUGAUCCUGACGGUGCUGGAAUACCUGCAGGAAAACCCCCCCGUCCCUGUGGUGGUGUGUGAGGGAACCGGACGUGCCGCAGACAUUCUGUCUUUCAUCCACAAACAGACUGAGGACGAUGGUACUCUUCCAGACGGUGUUGAGAUCGACAUCAUAGCGACAAUCAAAAAAACCUUUAACUUCAGUCAGAAUGAUGCUGUGCACCUCUUCCAAACGCUCAUGGAGUGUAUGAAGAGCAAAGAGCUGAUAACAGUGUUUCACGUGGGCUCAGACGAUCAUCAGGACAUCGACGUGGCCAUCCUGAAAGCUCUGCUGAAAGGCACUGACGCAUCAGCGUUUGACCAGCUUGUGCUGACGCUGGCCUGGAACAGAGUGGACAUCGCAAAGGAUCACGUGUUUGUUUAUGGACAAAAGUUACUGGUGGACUCUCUGGAGCAGGCCAUGCUGGACGCUCUGGUGAUGGACCGAGUGGAUUUCGUGAAGCUGCUGAUAGAGAAUGGAGUGAGCAUGCACAGGUUCCUCACCAUCUCACGCCUGGAGGAACUGUACAACACGAAACAGGUACCAGCGAACCCCACCCUGCUCCAGCUGGUACGAGACGUCAAACAGGGCAAUCUUCCUCCCAACUAUAAGAUCACGCUGAUUGACGUCGGCUUGGUGAUCGAGCAUCUGAUGGGCGGGACGUACCGCUGUAACUACACACGCAAACGCUUCAGGAUCAUCUACAACAACCUGCACGGCAACACCCGGCGAUCAGGUCGUGCCCCGCCCAGCGCUCCUCCGUUACGGAAGAACCACGAAUCGUUCAGCAUGCAGGCCAACAAGAAGGAGAAAACCCGCCACAAUCACUUCAUCAAGACCGCCCAGCCCUACAAACCAAAGCUGGAGUCGGGCAGCGAUGCCCAGCUGAGGCGCAGUAAGGAGGAGGUGGUGGACAUCGACGACCCCGAGACCCGGCGCUUCCCGUACCCCUUUAAUGAGCUGCUGGUGUGGGCGGUGCUGAUGAAGAGACAGAGGAUGGCGCUGUUCUUCUGGCAGCACGGAGAGGAGAACAUGGCAAAGGCCCUCGUGGCCUGCAAACUCAGCCGCUCCAUGAGCUACGAGUCCAAGAAGAGCGACGUGGUGGACGACACGUCUGAGGAGCUCAAGGAGUACUCCAAUGAGUUCGGCCAGUUGGCGGUGGACCUGUUGGAACAGUCGUUCCGGCAGGAUGAAACCAUGGCGAUGAAGCUGUUGACAUACGAGCUGAAGAACUGGAGUAACUCCACCUGUCUGAAGCUGGCCGUGUCGUCGCGACUCCGCCCGUUCGUGGCUCACACCUGCACACAGAUGUUGCUGUCAGACAUGUGGAUGGGUCGGCUCAACAUGCGCAAGAACUCCUGGUACAAGGUGAUCCUGAGUAUCCUGGUGUUUCCUGCCAUCCUGAUGUUGGAGUAUAAGAGUAAGGCGGAGAUGGCCCACAUUCCUCAGUCUCAGGACGCCCACCAGAUGACCAUGGAGGACAGUGACCACAACCUGCAGAACACUGACAACAUCCAAAUGGAUGUCUUCAAGGAGUCCCGUAUGGACGAGGAGGUGAAAAGUGAGACGGAGGUUCUCACACGCUCCCGUCGUUUACCCAUCACACGCAAGUUCUACGCCUUCUACCACGCCCCCAUCGUCAAGUUCUGGACCAACACGUUGUGCUACCUGAGUUUCCUGAUGCUCUACUCGUUUGUGGUGUUGGUGAAACUGCCAGACUUUCCUUCGCCUCACGAAUGGGCCGUUAUCCUGUACAUCUUCACCUCCGCCAUUGAGAAGAUCCGUGAGAUGUUCAUGUCUGAAGGUGGAAAGAUCAGCCAGAAGAUCAAGGUGUGGUUUAGUGAUUACUUCAACAUCUCAGACUUCAUCGCUAUAGUGAUGUUCGGGGUGGGUUUCGGGCUGCGCUUCGGUACCGGUAAAGUCUUCAUAGCAGGCCGGAUCGUUUACUGUCUCAACAUCAUCUUCUGGUACGUCCGGCUCUUCGACAUCCUCGCCGUCAACCAGCAGGCCGGCCCCUACGUCAUGAUGAUCGGAAAAAUGGUAGCGAACAUGUUCUACAUAGUGGUGAUCAUGCUGGUGGUGUUGGUGACGUACGGUGUUCCCCGUAAGGCCAUCCUGUACCCAGACUCGGGCCCCGAGUGGUCCCUCAUCAUCGAUGUGGUGUUCCAGCCCUACUGGAUGAUGUACGGAGAGGUGUACGCCUACGAGAUCGAUGUAUGUGCGAACUCUACUGAAAACAAUGUGAUGCACCUGUGUGGGCCGGGGUCGUGGUUAACUCCAGCGCUGCAGGCCGUCUACCUCUUCAUCCAGUACAUCCUCAUGGUCAACCUGCUCAUCGCCUUCUUCAAUAAUGUGUACCUUCAGGUGAUGUCCAUGUCUAAUCUGGUGUGGAAGUAUCAGCGUUAUCACUUCAUCAUGGCGUAUCAUGAUAAACCGGUUCUUCCUCCACCGCUCAUCAUCUUAUCUCACGCUGUUUCACUCAUCAGCUCACUGUGUAAACGCAGGAAGAAGGACAGCGGCUACGGACCAAAGCUGUAUCUGACGGAGGAGGACCGGAAGAAGCUCCAUGAUUUUGAGGAGCAGUGUGUGGAGACGUAUUUUCAUGAGAAAGACGACAUGUUUCACUCAGGAAGUGACGAGAGAAUCAGAUUAACCUCAGACCGGGUGGAGACGAUGAGCAUCCAGCUGAGGGAGGUGGGGAACAAGGUGAAUUUUAUAAAGCGCUCCCUGCACUCCCUGGACUCUCAGAUCGGUCACCUUCAGGACCUGUCCGCUCUCACCGUGGACACGCUGAAGGCUCUGACGGCUCAGAGGGCGUCCGAGGCCAGCAAGGUGCACAACGAAAUCACCCGAGAACUCAGUCUGUCCAAGAACGUGGUGCCCGACACCGUCCCGCCGUCCAAAGCCUCCAUUCUGGUUCAGCGGAGCGUUUAUGCCGCUCAGUCCAACAUGGCCGACUCGCUGUUCGGGCGUGGAGUCUCGGAGGGGGCGCGCCUGCGGGCGGAGCUCACCAUGACCCCGGAGAGGAGGCUGGCGUUCGGUCCGGAGGCUGGAUCCUCCAGCGGUGCCUCGCAGCAUCCGUACCAGGACGACGACGACGACGACGGCAGCACGCCGAGCACCCAGCCUUACACGGCGACGUUUUUCGUCAGCACUCCCACACAGCCGAGCAGCUUACACACACACACACACACACUCACACACACAGACAGCACAGCGCCGGGCGAGGCUCCGAGUCCCGAGGAGGCGGCGGAGGAGUUCGGGGCCUUCGUGGGUCAUAAAGACAAUUCUGAAGGUCAAAGGUCGUUCCCUAAACAGAGUUCAGUGGGCUGCAGGCAGCUCAGCGCCAGUGCCAAGGUGGAGGGUCACAUGCGGACAGUGAACUCUUACGCUGGGUUCACAGAUCUCAACAGAAAUCCUGCUGUUCUACAGUCAAGUCUCAGUAAGCGAGACAGAAGUCAGGUUUCAGCAGAAGAUGAUCCACACCAUGAUGAUCCACGAGUCCUGUUACUGGAGAGAGGAGCUCAGGUGAGGUCGGUCCAGGCCACUUCCACUGUGACCCCGGCAGAUGAUGCCACCACCAGCAGCAGCAGCAGUGAGAAACACACCUCCUCAGCAGGCCUGUACUCUGCCCGACACAACCCCCUCAGUGCCCGUAAAGACUCCAUUGGUUCUCCGUUUAAGCCGAUGGAGGGAUAUCAGUAUUCAGCUGUGGAGCGUAAUAACCUGAUGAGAUUGUCCCAGAGUAUUCAGUUCACCCCAGUGCCCCCUAGAGGGGAACCAGUAACAGUGUACCGGUUGGAGGAGAGUUCUCCCACCAACAUAAAUAACAGCAUGUCGUCGUGGGCGCAGCGCGGCCUCUGCGCUAAGAUCGAGUUCCUGAGUAAGGAGGAAAUGGGCGGCGGCCUGAGGAGGGCGCUAAAGGUGCUGUGCACCUGGUCCGAGUACGACAUCCUCAAACCGGGUCACCUGUACAUCGUCAAGUCCUUCCUCCCCGACGUCAUCAACACCUGGCAGAGCUUCUACAGAGAGGAUACGGUCCUGCACCUCUGUCUGAGGGAGAUUCAGCAGCAGCGAGCAGCACAGAAACUCACCUUCGCCUUUAAUCAGAUCCGACCCAAAACCAUCCCCUAUUCCCCCAGGUUCCUGGAGGUGUUCCUCCUGUACUGUCACUCAGCAGGACAGUGGUUCGCUAUAGAGGAGUGCAUCACGGGCGAGUUCAGGAAGUUCAACAACAAUAACGGAGACGAGAUCGUCCCCACCAACCUGCUGGAGGAGACCAUGCUGGCCUUCAGCCACUGGAGCUACGAGUACACACGGGGGGAGCUACUGGUGCUGGACCUGCAGGGUGUUGGUGAGAUCCUGACUGAUCCCUCUGUUAUCAAGAGUGGAGAGAAGGGCUCGUAUGAUAUGGUGUUUGGACCGGCGAACCUUGGUGAUGAUGCAAUCAGAAACUUCCGUGCCAAACAUCACUGCAACUCCUGCUGUCGAAAACUCAAACUGCCUGACCUGAAGCGGAACGACUACACCCCGGAGAAAGUAACACUACAGCAGGACGAUCAACCCGAGAGCUCCGCCCCCACCACACCUCCGGGGGGCGGGGCUAAAGAACAGCGCCCCUCCAUGCGCUUGAUGCUGUGACACCCAGACACGCAUUUUUUACUCAAGGACGCAGCACCUGGCAACCCACCGUCAUCCGAGACAUCCCUCCAAAGAGAACGUGUGUGUGAGAGUGUGUAUGGUGACGUGAAUGUGUGUGUGUGUGUAUGUGUGUGUGUGUGCAGAGGACUGUGGGUAAUAAUGUUGCAUCACUGCGUGUAUAAAGAUUUUAAAGUGUUUUUAUCAGA